UCUAGUGCCUUCGGAGCAGCCUUUCGUUAGCUCGUCCCCUCGGCCCCGGCCUCGGCGCAGGCUCCAGCCCUCGGGCGCUCGCUCCCUCCUUCCUCCCUUCUUCCUUCCUCUCUUCCUUCCUCCCUCCCUCUUUCCCUCGCAUCCUUCCCCGCGCCCUCGCACGGGUUGGCGGCGGCCGAACCCCGGCGGGAGGAGAAGGAGGAGGAAUCCGCCUCUAUGAUGAAGUUCAAGCCGAACCAGACGAGGACCUACGACCGCGAGGGCUUCAAGAAGCGGGCGGCCUGCCUGUGCUUCCGCAGCGAGCAGGAGGACGAGGUGCUGUUGGUGAGUAGCAGUCGGUAUCCAGAUCAGUGGAUUGUUCCUGGUGGAGGAAUGGAGCCCGAGGAAGAGCCAGGUGGAGCUGCAGUAAGAGAAGUGUAUGAGGAGGCUGGUGUCAGAGGAAAAUUAGGCAGACUUCUGGGGAUAUUUGAGCAGAAUCAAGACCGUAAGCAUCGCACUUAUGUUUAUGUUCUUACCGUCACUGAAAUAUUGGAAGACUGGGAGGAUUCUGUUAACAUAGGGAGGAAGAGAGAGUGGUUUAAGGUUGAAGAUGCCAUUAAAGUUCUUCAGUGUCAUAAGCCUGUGCAUGCUGAGUAUCUGGAAAAACUGAAGUUGGGCUGCUCCCCAACCAAUGGAAACUCCAUGGUUCCCACCCUUCCAGACAACAAUUCUUUGUAUGUAACUUCUGCACAGACUUCAGGGUUGCCAUCUUCUGUAAGAUAAAUAUCUAGGUGACCAUAUACAGUUUCACAGGGAGAAGGCUUCUGUGUUUGAUAUCCACAUGUUUAAACUGUCUCAAUUGUCAUACGCUAUGUAUUCAGGCAUUUCUCUUAUUUUUUAGAUGCUUUGAAGUAUUUCCCUUUUUCUUUAACAGUGUAAAAAUAUUUCAGUAAACCAAA